AAACACGGAAGCAGCAUGGCGGCCAACGGCAGCGGCGGCGGCUCUGACAGGCAGCGGGUGGCACAGCAGAGACUGAGGAUCAUCGCCGGACAUUUGCGGAGGCCGGCGGACGAGGACUCGGCCGUCCGGGCCGCGGAGUGCAAAGCCCCGCAGAGCGAGUCCGACGCCUCCGCUGAGGGGAAGACGGUGCCCCGGAGAAGGCAGGAGAUUAUGAAAUGGAAUGGCUGGGGAUAUAACGAUACAAAGUUCAUCUUCAAUAAGAAAGGUCAAACAGAAUUUACCGGCAAAAGGUAUAGGCUAAGUGGUAUGAUCCUCCCUGGUCUGCAAGACUGGUUUGAAAACACAUUUGGAGCCAGUGUGCACCAUAAAUCCCCCGCAACAAACAUUCUGAAUAGCAGUGCUGUGCAGCCUCCCAAUCUUAAUGAGGCCUUCGUCGAAGAGCUGAAAUCCACAGGUGUUCCCUUCUCUCACGAUGCAGAGGACAGAGUGUUUCGCGCUAACGGCCAUUGCUUACACGAGAUCUUUCCCCUCCGAGAAGGGAAAAUUGGUCGAGUUCCAGAUACGGUGGUGUGGCCAAACUGCCACAAUGAUGUAGUGAAAAUUGUGGAACUGGCGUGCAAACAUAAUGUUUGUUUGAUACCAUUUGGAGGAGGGACGAGUGUCUCUAGCGCUCUAGAGUGCCCCCUUGAGGAAACUCGCUCCAUUGUUUCUCUGGACACCUCACAGAUGAACCGCAUUCUGUGGAUUGAUGAGAAAAAUUUAACGGCCCAUGUGGAAGCUGGCAUCAUCGGUCAGGAUCUGGAGAGACUACUUAAUGAGAGUGGCUACUGUACAGGGCAUGAGCCUGACUCCAUGGAGUUCAGCUCCUUGGGGGGUUGGGUCGCAACCAGAGCAUCGGGCAUGAAGAAGAACGUCUACGGCAACAUUGAAGAUCUGGUCGUCCACAUAAAGAUGGUGACCCCUCAAGGUGUAAUUGAAAAGAGCUGUCAAGGCCCACGCAUGUCCACAGGCCCAGAUAUUCACCACUUCAUCCUGGGCUCAGAAGGAACCUUGGGCCUGGUCACUGAGGUAACCAUGAAGAUUCGUCCAGUGCCAGCGUAUCAGAAAUACGGCUCUGUUGUUUUCCCGGAUUUUGAGCAGGGGGUUGCCUGUCUCCGGGAGGUCGCCAGACAGAGGUGUGCUCCGGCAUCUAUUCGACUCAUGGAUAAUAAACAGUUUCAAUUUGGUCACGCCCUGAAGCCUCAAGGAUCUUCAAUGUUCACAUCUUUUUUGGACGGCUUGAAGAAAUUUUACAUCACCAAGUUCAAAGGGUUCGACCCCAACCGCUUGUGUGUGGCCACCCUGCUGUUCGAGGGGGACCGUGAGAAGGUCCUGCAGCAUGAAAAGCAAGUUUAUGACAUUGCUGCAAAAUUUGGGGGCCUGGCAGCUGGAGAGGACAAUGGUCAAAGGGGUUACAUGCUGACCUUCGUCAUCGCUUACCUCCGGGACUUGGGGUUGGACUACUAUGUGAUUGCGGAGUCCUUUGAAACCUCUGUGCCUUGGGACAGGGUGUUGGACGUUUGCCGGAAUGUAAAGGCACGCAUUGUCCGAGAGUGUAAAGAGAGAGGAGUGCAGUUUUCACCAUUAUCCACAUGCAGGGUGACUCAGACAUACGACGCUGGUGCCUGUGUCUACUUUUACUUUGCCUUCAACUACAGAGGUCUCAGUGAUCCAAUACACACGUUCGAACAAGUGGAGCAUGCAGCUAGAGAAGAAAUCCUUGCCAAUGGAGGAAGCUUGUCACAUCACCAUGGAGUGGGGAAACUUCGGAAGCAGUGGAUGAGAGAAUCCGUUUCCAAUGUCGGCAUCGGAAUGCUCAAGUCCGUCAAGGACUACCUGGACCCCAAUAACAUCUUUGGCAACAGGAACCUCUAUUGAUUCCCCUCAUGUCCAUCUUUAGCUCACCUUUUUCUAAAAAAAACCGAAACGUGUGUUUUGGAUUAAUCAAAACUUAAUGUAAAUUAAAAAUUGACAGUGCCAUUUAUUGAUUCACCCAAACCUUUUUCUUUGGCUUUAUAUUGCACUUACUAUGCUGUAACAAUCAUUGCAGUUACUGUUGAAGCUCAUUUUUUGCUGUUGUGUCGUGUCCUCAGAUUCUCAGAGCGACGAACGCAAUGCAUCACGACAUCGUGCAAAAAAAAUAUUUGUUUUUGUCAUAUUUGCUUUUGUUUAACAUUUUUCCUACAUAUCUUUGCCAAUUCAGUUGACCAUAAAUUUGUUUUUAUUUUACUCUUUUUUGUGUGUGUGCGUGCGUGCGUGCGUGUGGUACUUCUUUAGUGGAAAGUUCUAGACGAAGACGCUUUCUAAAGCUCUGUGCCUUUCUAAAGCUUGUCUCUGCCCUCCUCUUCUCGUGCACACCACUCGUGCACAGUGACUCCCCAUUUGAAGCAAAACAAACUCAGACAUUAUGUUUUCACUGUCUCCUGUUUGUCUUUUUCAUUCCCUCAGGCCUUUUGUUGUACUGACCUAUUGCCAUAAGAAACUUUGUCGAGCGUGUGCGUGUGUUUGAUUGUUUGUGUGUCUGAGUGUGCGUGCGUGUGUGCCUCUCCAGACUAAACUGAAAAGCCCACACCUUCUGCCACCCACCAAAAUGGAACCCUCCGAGAAGUACAAUAUGAUUACAGAGAGAGAAAUUCCUUGUGUGUUAUGUUUUUGUACUAAAAUUACUUUUGUUUGGAUGGUUUGUUAGUGAGAAUUUGACGUGGGUGGAGCCAUUGCGCAUUUGGAAUCCCAUCUGCUUCAGUGUGACCGCGUUUGCGUUUUGAAAGGUCUCCUGUAUCCCGGCGCUCACGUUGUACCAAAGACUCAACACGUCAGACCAUGCAGACAAAGUGUAAACAUCUGUUUGACUAUAAUUGAUCACAUCAUGCACAGCUAACCCACAUUUUAUCAAUAUGCAAAAAUAACCUCUGAAAGCCGUGAAGUGUAGAUAUUUGUUACUGUUACAUGUGCUGAAACUUUCUAUAAAAGUCGAUGAAGUCCAUGUUUGCUAUCUUCAAGACGCUGUACCUGUUUCUGCUCCAUUCUAACUGGUGUUGCCCAGAGAUUCCUCAGCUCCCGAGAUGGUUGAACUUGUUAACCGCCCCUUUGUUAUCUGUAUUGUAUUAAAGGUUUUUGGAAUGGUAACAUACUGCAAUUUGAUAUCUGACAUCUAACUAAUGGUUUUGAAGCCAAGUUUAGCUUUUUCCCCUUCUGAUGUGUGCUUCACUUUCCCGGACCACCACAUCCUUUUUUAUUCUCAAUACUCCCCCCAAAUAACACAAAUUACUUGGGACCUACUAUUUGAAAUUUUAACCCCUGUGUCAAAAAACAUGUGAGAGCUUUUGAAUGUUACGGAUGUACCUUUAUAUUUUGUUAUUUUCCACUUCUCUUAACAACGUUACAACAUCCAUGUACAUUCUGUCCACGCUGUUUGUGCAAUAAAUUGAAUAAAAUUCAACUAAAACCUC